ACACAAAUCCACAAGCUUUCUGCUCCGAUUUUGGUUGGUUUUUGCUGAGUUCUCUUUCUCAUGGCUUCAAGAAGGGGCGAAAGCAAGAGGAAACAUAUUGGGAGUUCUAGUGGCGGUGGCCAAGCCCAAGAAGAAGAUAUACCUGAAGGAGGAGAUGAUGAGUUUCUAGAUGUGAAUCAUGCCUUAGUUAGAGCCACAAUUGCCCCUAAUUGCACUGAAAAUCAAAUUAAAGUGGGGUUUCUUACACCAGAGAAUAGAGCAUUGCAGUGGAUUAUAUCUCGCAUUAUUGCUCAGAGGAAGGGUUCUAAAUCUUAUGUUCUUGCCAUUGAUCUUCCUUGGUUCGAUUAUCUUCUUAACGGAAAAAGGGUGAACCUAGGAAGAUACAUUUUCCGGAGCAUAAUCAAGCCUUACUCACCAACUACGGGACUUCCUCAUGGUGCUCUAAUUACCAAAUUGGUGAAGAGGAACAACAUUGAUCUUACAUCCUUUAGGUUCGGAACGGUUCCUGGUGGGACUACACUUACCAAAGCUUUUUUUGAGAAAAUGGACUGUUUGUUUAGAAAUGGCAUUUGGGUAAAGAAAGGGGAACAAGAAGGGGAACAAGAAGGGGAUGAAGAAGAAGGUGAUACAGAUCAAGAAAUGGCAAAACAAGGGGCAGAAGAACAUGAAGAUGACAGCCCAAGACCAUUUCGAGCCUUCAUGCAAAGAACUAACUGUGAAACCAUGGAGUUAAUGAUAUCUGAGAUGCAGCAACUGUACACCAACUUUUAUGGUUUCCGGACAGAAAUGAGAGGGAGAAUGACUAACGUGGAAGGAAAGCUUGAUCGGCUUGUUAACCAUUUUUUUCCUCCACCCCCACCUGAUGCCACCUAACUUGAUAUCUCUUUAGUUUGGCUAAUCUUUAGGAUGGACAUCUUAGGGUUAUGCAUGUUAUGCUUUUCUUUGAUUAUGGAUAUUUCUUGAACAUUUUUAUCCUGUUUUAUGAAUGGAAAUGACAUCGCUUGUGCUAUCAUGCUUUGUGAAUGGUUGUUUAUGAUUUUGAUGACUGGAUGCUCUUAUUGAGAGGGAGCAUUUUGUGCUUAAAUUGCUUUUCUUAAUGGUUAUCAUGCUUAAAUUCUUUAAAGAUUGAUGUGCAUGAAUUAAUUAAGAGGGAGUUUGUUG